UGACGAAUACGAUCUCCUGAAAGGCUGAAGCUAUAUAUAUAUAUAUACGAUUCACUUGACAACGACGACGAGGAACUCGAACAUUUCAACCCCAUUCUCUCUCUCUCUCUCUCGAUUAUUAAGCCCUCCUUCUUGGGUUUCACAGUUUCGAUUCAUUAGCCGCCUAAAAAAGAUCAAAGCUUUUGUCUGAAUUCUCUAAUUUAAGAAUGAGAAUCAUCUGCUUGUUCGCGUUUGCAGUUGCAGUGUCGUUCUUCCUCUCCUCCACUCCAGCCUCUGCUCGUUUCUUCCCCAAUAUCACAUCUAUACCGCCGUGGUUAAACGCCACCCAUGGCGCGUGGGACUCGUUCCGGAAUCUCUCCGGCUGCCACCCUGGCGAAAAAGCCGACGGCUUGUCCAAGCUCAAGAACUACUUGAAACACUUUGGUUACAUCAACUCCUCGUCCAAUUUCACCGACGACUUCGAUAGCGACCUCAAAACCGCCAUCGAGACAUACCAGAAGAACUUCAACCUCAACGUCACGGGUGACCUCGACCCAGAGACCGUUCAGCAGAUUGUGCGGCCCAGAUGCGGCGUCGCUGAUAUUGUCAACGGCUCCACAACCAUGAACUCCGGGAAAACGACGCAGUCGUCCAACGCUACGCACAUACACACCGUCUCUCACUACACCUUCUUCCCCGGCAAACCGCGGUGGCCGCAAUAUAACCGGGACCUUACCUAUGCAUUCCAACCGGAAAACGAGCUGACUGACGUCGUCAAGGGCGUGUUCACUCGCGCCUUCAGCCGGUGGUCAGCGGUGACAGCUUUGACAUUCACACAGACGGACUCGUUGGCCGAUGCCGACCUCAAGAUCGGUUUCUUUGUGGGGGACCACGGAGAUGGAGAGCCGUUCGACGGUCUACUCGGAACGCUGGCCCACGCGUUCUCGCCUACAAGCGGUCGGCUCCACCUGGAUGGAGACGAGAAUUGGGUGGUAUCGAGUGACAUCACCGAAGCGACGGAGACAUCGGCAGUGGACCUGGAGUCGGUAGCGGUGCACGAGAUCGGGCAUCUUCUGGGGCUGGGCCACUCCUCAGUGGAAAACGCGAUCAUGUACCCAACGAUCCCGUCCCGAACGAGGAAGGUAGAGCUGGCCAGCGACGACAUCUUGGGGAUACAGGAGCUGUACGGAACAAACCCGAGUUACAACGGUUCGACUUCUACUACUACACCGUCCAGCGAGAACGAGGGAGACACUGUUUAUGGCAGUUCCGCCCAGAUUUCUGGUUCUUUGUGGGGCUUCAAGGCUGCCAUGGCCGCCGGUUUUGGCUUAUUGUUGGUCUUGUAAUUUCUUUUAUUUUAUUUUUUGUUUUUUACUAGGUUUAUAGUUCUAUUCACAUACAUAUGAUUUGAUUUGAUUGGUGGUAAGUUUAGUGGUACAUAUUAUCAUGGAGAGGCAAUUAUUUUAGUGACUCUUGUAUAUGAUAUCUUUUCCAUACCCGAUUUUGAUUUUAUAA